AUGUCCAAAGCUAUGUCUUUGGAGGCUCGGGGAUAUUGCGAAGAAUGCUGUGAAUGUGGAGACGUCAUUGGAUGCCACUGCGACUCUGCCUUUCGUCUUUUUCAAAGCACGGAUAGAGGAUAUAACUACGCGUCUGGUAGUGUGGAAGUUUUCGCCAACGGGAGCUGGGGUACCGUUUGUGAUGAUGGAUGGGAUCUUAAAGAUGGUCAUGUCGUCUGCAGAAGCAUGGGGUUCCAACGGGCUUCUUAUGCCUACUAUAAUGCCUACUUUGGACAAGGCACAGGCGGUAUACAUCUUGACAACGUCGACUGCUAUGGACGGGAAUCAAGCAUUUUGAACUGCUCCCACGAUGGUCUUGGAGUCCAUGAUUGCACUCAUGCGGAUGACGCAGGAGUUUACUGCAGUACUUAUUCUGUGCAUCUCCGCAACGGUUCUACCUACAUCGAAGGCAGAGUGGAAGUAUUCUCUGACGGAGUCUGGGGGACCGUAUGCGACGAUUUUUGGGAUAUUAAUGAUGCUAAGGUCAUCUGCAAAAGUAUGGGCUUCCCAGGCGUAGAGGGUGCCUUCUCUGGUGCUGCAUUUGGAGAAGGGACAGGAAACAUUACUCUGGACAACGUCAACUGUACUGGAGAAGAAUCAAGAAUACUUUCUUGUUCGAACAACGGUCUCGGUGUCCAUGAUUGCUCACAUGCAGAUGAUGCAGGAGUAAGGUGCUCUCUUACUAAUGAUGAGAAUGUGUCGCUCAUAUAUGGAAAAACGGAGUUGUUGACUUCCCCAAACUAUCCUGACAAUUACUACGAUAACACUGUCUACAACUGGUUAAUCACGGCUCCAUCGGGGUAUCAUGUUCUUAUUCGACUCUUAUAUAUAAGCCUUUCACCAUGUCGUGAUCUUGUUACGAUUGGUACUGGAGAUUCACCAACCUCUUCGGAUAGUGUUCAGCUGGCCUCCCUGUCAGGCUACGAGGAACCUUCAGACAUAAGAUUAUACACUCCUACUGGUUGGAUUCAAUUUACCAGUGAUGAGUCUGGCAUUAGUGGCGGAUUUCAGCUACAACUAAGUAGCGUGGAUUCAACAGAAGCCCCAGCUCGUCUGGUAAACGGUAGCUACCCUAACGAGGGACGAGUUGAGGUGUACAGCAACAGCCUCGAUACAUGGGGCACUAUCUGUGAUUAUGGUUGGGACACUAUGGAUGCUACAGUCAUUUGCAGGAGCCUGGGCUACCCUGAUGCAGUCAGCAGCUACGGAAGUGCAUUGUUUGGAAUGGGUUCUGGUCCGAUUCUACUGAACGAUGUCGACUGCGAAGGCGAUGAAGACAACAUAUUUUAUUGUCCAUAUGAGAGCGGCGAUAUCGACUAUUGUACACACUACGAAGAUGCAGGCGCCAUGUGUUAUCCUAACGUCCGCCUCGUGAAUGGCAGUAGUUCGAGCGAAGGUCGAGUUGAAGUCUACCAUGACGGCAUCUGGGGAACUGUUUGUGAUAACUACUGGGGUAGUCCUGAGUCCCGUGUUCUCUGUCGUAGUCUUGGCUUUCCCGACGCACUUGAAUCUUUACCCAACGCUUAUUUUGGCGAGGGUACUGUCGACUUACUCUUAAUGGUUUCAUACUGCAAUGGCGAUGAAAACAGCAUAUUUGACUGCUGUCAUUAUGGCAUUGGGUACAACUACUGUGGUCAUGAUGAUGAUGUUGGUGUCAGAUGUCAACCAAAUGUUCGGCUGGCCGGUGGCGGGAGCUCAAAUGAAGGUCGAGUAGAAGUAUACCACGGUGACACAUGGGGAACUGUCUGUGAUAACGGAUGGGGUAUGGACGAGGCUCGCGUUAUCUGCAAAAGUUUAGGCUAUCCUGACGUGCUUCAGGCUUACGGGAACGCUUCCUUCGGACAGGGCACAGGUGACAUUCUGCUUGAUGAAGUCGACUGCAUUGGUAACGAGUCCAGCAUAUUCUACUGUUACCAUGGCGGCGUAGGACUCACCUUCUGUUCACAUCAGGAUGACGCUGGAGUUCGAUGUUCAACUGGUGUGACAACACCUUCUUAUUUGACAGAAUUUGACACCUCCACAUUCACACACACCUCAGCCUCACUGGAAUGCGAUUUUGAGGUUGACGAGUGUGGAUGGGAGCAGGACACUUCAGACGAUUUUGAUUGGACCCGGCAUAAUGGCUCAACACCCUCAUUCUCGACUGGGCCUGAUGUAGAUCACACUUUGGGAACUGCGUUGGGCCACUACAUGUAUACCGAGGGAUCAUGGCCACAAAGUCCCGGUGAUUACGCCAUCAUGCGAUCACCCGACAUCGUCGACCUCGCCAACACGGACAUCAACGUCUGUUUCACUUUCUGGUAUCACAUGUUUGGGCUUGACAUUGGAAUCCUCAGCUUGUAUUUCACGACGUCGGCGACGAGCAUGAAUCAGAACGAUCUCGUGUGGGCGAAGAGCGGCGAGCAGGGGAACCGUUGGAUCGAAGCAAACAUACCGGUGACGGAUUUCAUCUCGACUUCGAAGGCCGGGUAUUUCGCCUUCGAAGGCAGGACUUCCAGUUAUACCGCUGACAUGGCUAUAGAUGACAUCACAUUAGGAUCGUGA